AUGAAGACAUCUAGAGUUCUCUCAAGUAUUGUCAUAUUUCUAUUCAACAUCGUCUUUCUUGUAUCAUCGGCGUCAAUUCCAACCGAGUGUAAAAUACCAGCCAAUCUGAAAGUUGAAUACGAGAGUUUGACCAGUGCAGCCAGUGGCAAUAACUUUUUUCUACCAGCUGAAAUUGCUCCUGUCGGAAGUAAGCAGAACACCCUGACAGACGGAGAUAAAACUUGCCCAACGGCUUCUGUAGCCAGCAGUAUCAUCCGUGAACGUUCAACCUGCCCUUGGUACCUGAACAUCACCCAUGAUUCAACAGUUUUCCCUCCAUCCCGCACCGAAGUUGUGUGUCGCUGUAAAGACUGUUUCGAUUCUGACAGCAACCACGAAUGUGUGAUGGUAUAUACUCCAAUGACUGUCCUUAAACGUAGCGAUGAAUGUGUUGAUGGACUGUACGUGUAUAAACCAAAAGUAAUUCAAAUAGCCACAGCUUGUGCGUGUGCACGAAAAGUCGAAGUACAAAGUGAUGGAAGCGACGAUGAAUACGCGUCGUAAAAACGGAUAGAAUAACGAUGUAUGAAUAUGUAACGCAGACGUUAUUGAAUAUUUUAUGAAAGAUUAAG